AUGAAUAAAGCCGUGGCUGCUAACCCCGCUGCCAUCCUCCUGCUGCGUUGCCAGCCACGUUUCCGUCCCUGCCUCGGCCGCCACACCGACACCGGUUACGUGUCCAACAACCGCUCGGCCGUCUCCUGCCUGCUCCACCCGUGCAGCGCAGCAGGGGGCCACUGCCAAGACACCGCCACGUCCACCACCACCGAGCACUUCAAGCCCUUCUGGCUCCCCGACGGCCGGAGCCUCCUGCCCCGGCACGUCCACCAGCCGGGGAGCGGGUACCUCCAAGAGUCGUCCCUUUCCUGUGUCUGCACCGCGGUGGACCACGCACCCAACCCACCUCCAUCCCCCCAGGAGCCGUCGGGGUUCACCACUAACCACGGCCAGUACGUGCCACCCCUGUCCCCUCCAGCGCCAGCCCGCCUGCGGGCCCUGCGCUGCCUGUGGCUGGAGGGCAAUUUCCUCGCCCGCUUCCCCGGCGCCCUCCUGCGCCUGCCCGACCUCCGCAGCCUCCAGCUGGGUGACAACCGCCUGACCCGCCUGCCCGCCGGGUUGCCCCGCAUGGCCGGCCUGCGUGGCCUUUGGCUCUACGGCAACCGUUUCGAGGAGUUUCCCCCCGCCUUGCUGCGCAUGGUCCACCUCCGCGUCCUCGACCUGGACCGCAACCGCAUCGCCCGCUUCCCCGACCUCACCUGCCUCUCCGCCCUGCGCCUCCUCUCCUACGACCACAACCCAGUAGGGCUGGGGAAGAAGGAAGCUCACAGCCCCCACGCAAAGGAAAACAGACGGUCUGAGGACCAGCAUCUCCCCGUUGGGACAGAAAAGAGCUGCUGCCUGGAUCCACAGGGCUCGUGGAUCACCGUCGGGAUCCACAAACCCACCUUAGAGUAUCCCACCUAA